GGAGGAACUCAGACCCACAUCUAGUGAAUGAGACCUGCACACACAGUCAGUCUCUCACACGCUUCAAGAGGAGGAGAUCUUCAGAGGCAGACUGUGUCUGGAGUAUAACGGGACUUUAACGUCUUCGGUUUGCUGAACAGGAUCUUCCAAGGGCAGGAUGGAAAACACGUGCGAGGUGUGGAAACGGUGAGACGACGCAGUAACCUGGAAUAAUAGAGCAUAGAGACGGCUCAGACUGCGGCUGAUGCCUCAAAACACGCUGACCCUUGACCCUGCGAUGCCCGCCGAGCUUGUGAAAGACACCAUGACGAUCCCCGGAGCUUCUGAGCGAAUCCUGGCAGAGAAAACCAACAACAACGAGCCACCAGCGGCAACGGCCAUCACCAUUCCUCUGGUCAACGAGGUGCAGUUAACAGCGGCCACCGGCGGAGCCGAGCUGUCCUGCUAUCGCUGCACCGUGCCGUUCGGUGUGGUGGUCCUGAUCGCAGGGAUCGUGGUGACCGCCGUUGCGUACAGCUUCAACUCUCACGGCUCCACCAUAUCGUACUUCGGACUGGUGCUGCUUUCGGCCGGGCUGGUGCUGCUCGCGCUGAGCGCCGUCUGCUGGAAGGUGCGGAUGGAGAGAAAGAAAGAAAGGAGAAGAGAGAGUCAGACGGCCCUGAUGGCCCAUCAGAGGAGCAUCUUCGCCUGAUUCGACACAAGCACGGACUCCAAAACCUUCACAAUGAAUGAGUCAAAGCAUCAUUCCGACUCGCAUUUGGGACAACGUCCAGAUGAUUUGCCUCAGUUCAGACCAACCGAGUGCUCUCGGAGAAAACCGAAUGACGGGAUUUCACAAAAGGGUCUCAGAAUGAGCGUUCGGAGAAUUUAAUUGAGACAGGCUUGCAGCUGCAUGCGUCCAGAUGUUGAGAGGCACAGCUGCACUGCAAAAAAAAAAAAAAAAAAAAUCUUACUCAGUAUUUUUGUCUUGUUUUUUAUUACAAAUACCUUAGAUCAAGAUACAUUUACUUGAGAUGCAAAAUGACUCAAGAUAUUAAGUCUUGUUUUUUGAAAAAUUGAUCAAAAUGAAGCAAGUUUAUGCUUAAAAGAUGAAAAAAUUGUCAAUGGGGGUCAGAAAAAUAAUCCCUUUGAACUUUACUUAAGUUACUUUUCUUACUGUUUUUGUGUGUGUCCCUUUAAAUGCAAAUGAGUUGCUGCUCCCGGCCCCCUUUCCAGAAGAGGGCGGAGC